UGUCGGAGGUGGUCCUUGGUUCUCAGCAUCUCCAUCCUCCAAAAAAAACCUUCACCUGUUUCGGCAUCUCUACUCUGCCUUCCGCCAGCCGCUAACUGUUCCAGUAGGACGCGUGAGCCCUAAUGGGCAGUGUUCUGGCCUUGUCUGGUGCUGGCCGUCAGAACUGGCCUUUCUCCUCGGAAACACCCCCUCCCCAGUGGGACACACCCCCUGCUUACUGGGACACACCCCCUCGCUGGGAGAGACGGGACGGACGCCUUCCCAACCCAGGGAGCUUCCACGCUCUGCAUCGCAGCUGCAAGGAUGUGUUUCCACAGCAGAUUGAGGGAGUCAAGAUGACUGUCAACAAAACGCUCAGCAGCUUCUUCAAGGCCAGUCAUACCCUUCACCUCAGUGCAGUGAGUCCAUCCCAGUAUCGCUUCCACGUGGAGCAUCGGCAUGUAGACAGCCACGGCAAAGACUCGGACUCCCCUGUGCUGAUCGGUGAGAUGGACUCAUCUGGUAGUCUAAAUGCUCAUUCACUGCUGCAUCUGAGUGAACGAGUUAGGGCCAAGGCUGUGUUUCAGACCCAGCAGGCCCAGUUUGUGACCUGGCAGUUUGAGGCGGAGUACAGAGGAAGUGACUUCACUGCUGCUGUAACCAUGGCGAACCCUGAUAUCCUGCGGGAGUCAGUUAUCCUGGUAGCCCACGUCCUGCAGAGUGUGUGUUCAGGGCUGGUGUUGGGGGGAGAGCUGGUCUACCACAGAGGAAGACAUGAUGAAGGAGGAAUACUGACGCUGGCCGGACAGUACACAGGUCCUAACUGGGUGGCAACGCUGAAUGCAGGGAAAGGAGGAGCACAUGCCAGCUACUACCACCGAGCUAACAAACAGAUUCAGGUGGGAGUGGAGUUUGAGGCCAGUACGAGGACCCAGGAAACAACAGCCUCUUUUGGCUACCAGAUGGAACUCCCAGAAGCUAACAUGGUUUUUAGAGGCAUGUUGAACAGCAGGUGUAUAAUAGGAGGAGUCCUGGAGAAGCGAUUGUCUCCUCUUCCUGCUACAUUACUGAUGGGAGCCUUUGUGAAUCACCGUGGAGACAAGCUGCAGGUCGGGCUGGGAGUCAGCGUGGGCUAAACAACAUUACCCAGAGCCCUUUACAUCAGGGAGUCUGUCAUAUGCACCUCCACCAGCUCAGUGGCCUCAUGGGAAACAGAGUUCCUGUCUCAGGACUAGGCAAAUGGUGCAGCAAGAAGUUCCCUCCUGUUCACUUCCUGUUGAUGAAGCUAAACUGGGCAGAAUCCUCCCUCUACCCACAUUGUACUGUAUUCUCACUGUAUUUUAAAGAAUGUUUUCUGUGUAUCAUAAUAAUUAUCAGAUUAUGUUGGGGUUCUUUUUUACUAAUGAGAAUCCAAGUUCAGCACUAAACAAAAUCCUUAUUAUUUUCUGAUUAAUCGCAUUGUCUGUAAACAAAGAAAUAUCUUGAAAACCUCUGAAAUACAUGUCUGAUACAGCUAAUGUCUAAAAUGCCUUGUUAAAACCAUGUAAAUUUUGAAGUAGCAUUAAAUUGGGGUUUCUAAGGA